AUGACGGGAGAGGUUAUAUCUAUUCAGGUUGGGCAAUGUGGUAAUCAAGUUGGUAAGCAGUUUUGGGGACAAUUGGCUAAAGAGCAUGGGAUCGGUGUUGAUGGCCAAAGUUUACAUCCGGAAGAGCCUAAUGUUAUAAAAGAAGAUGAUACUAAUAUAUUUUUCCGACAGAAUGAUCAUAAUAGGUAUACCCCUAGAGCAUUAUUAUUUGAUUUAGAACCGAGUGCUAUUGCAGAUGUCCAAAACUGUUUCCCUGGCUUUUUUAAUGAGAGAAAUAUCUGGAUAUCUAAGGAUGAAUUAGGAGCUGGUAAUACCUGGCCUAUCGGUUAUGAUUAUGGUCAGGAAAAUCAGGAUGAGUUUUUAAAUAUGUUGGAUAAAGAAAUUGAUGCAACAGGAAAUUUUGAGGGGUUUCAAUUAAUACAUUCUGUGGCUGGGGGCACUGGCUCUGGGUUGGGUUCCAAUUUACUAGAAGCUUUGUCUGAUAGAUACCAUAAAAAGAUUGUCACGACAUAUUCUGUAUUCCCUGGUAGUGAAUCUGAGGUUGUUGUUCAACCAUAUAAUACUGUCUUAACGUUGAGAAGAUUGAUAGACAAUGCAGAUGCAUCCAUUGUAUUUGACAAUGAGGCAUUACUAAACUUGACAGCCAGGGUAUUCCGAGACCCAAACACAAGCUAUCAACAGACUAAUCAGUUGAUAGCUAGUGUCAUGUCUUCGAUCACGAACAGUUUAAGAUUUCCAAGUUAUAUGUACAAUUCGUUACCUAGUAUAUUUUCUACAUUGGUACCUACACCGGAGCUUCACUUUUUGGUCCCGAGCUUUACUCCUUUCACUACUGAUUUUAUUCCAGAGGCGAAGGAUUUUAAACGGUUGACUGCGUAUGAUGUAAUACUAGACUUGUUUGACAGGAAUAAUUCUAUGGUUUCUCGAGACACUGACACACCCAUGUAUUUAACCAUAUAUGAUGUACUACAGGGUUCCGUCGAGCAAAGCGAUGUGACAAGGGCCAUACUAAAGACACAACAGCGAACCAAAUUCGUUCCAUGGUCACCAACGUCGAUCCAUGUUAAUUUAGGGAAAAAGUCGUCUUAUAAUUUAUCCGCCAACUCAGACUACGUCAGUGGUAUGAUGCUUGCGAAUACAUCAUCGAUUAUAUCUGUAUUGCAGAAGACUGUUUCCAGCUUCGAUGUAAUAUUUAAAAGAGGUGCUUUCCUCCAUAAAUUUCAAAAUGGCAAGAUAUUUCAACACGGAUGGGACGAAUUUCUAGAAUCUAGAGAAGUUAUCCAAAGUGUAAUAGAUGAGUAUGCUGCGGCUGAGCAAGAAAACUACCUAGAUGACAUACUCACGGAAGAAGGUAAUGCUGUUGGAGGGGAUGCAGAAAUGCUUGAUAUAGAAGGCAAUGGAGAUAUCAUAUGA